CCGAAGAAGAAGAGGAAGAAGAAGAAGAAGAAGAAGAAGAAGAAGAGGCAAAUUGAAAUCAUUUUGCGCUGCUGUAGCGUCAGUUAAACUUGUUGAGAAACGUUUGUUAAGUCAGUUUGUCUUUAGUAAAUAAUGUUAGAGUUUCAUCGUCGCAAACUUUAGAAGGAGCCUUUAGAAAGUCAUUCAUUCUAACUUCACCGACCACACAGACAGAAAAGUCACUAAAGUUAGCCGCAAAGCUAAAAACAACUGUCGCUAGUUAUUCUGCUCGCUUUUUCAGGGCUAAGUGAAAGCUGUAUGUGUUUUCCUAACGUUAAAUGACGUGUAAACUAGUACUUUACAAUGCCAGACCAUGGUCGUCUUGAGAGAGGGAAUGUGUCCUGGACUGGACGAGGAUUUAGUCCGCGCCCUGCGUGCUGCUGAUAUUAAAACAGUGGAAGACCUGGUUGCAUCUGACACUGAGGACCUUGCACAGAAAUGUUCGGUGUCCUAUAAGGCUCUGUUUGCCAUCCGCAGAGUGCUGCUGGCCCAACACACAGCCUUCCCUGUGUCAGGCGCUGAUCUGUAUGAAGAACUAUUGAGCUCAACCGCCAUCCUCUCCACUGGAAAUCCCAGCUUAGAUAAACUGCUGGAUUCAGGCUUGUACACUGGAGAGAUAACAGAGCUGUCAGGAGGCCCAGGAAGUGGCAAAUCUCAGGUGUGUUUUGGUGUCGCAGUGCACAUUUCUUACCAAUUGAAACAGGGCGUAAUAUAUAUCGAUACAACAGGAGGUCUGACCGCCAGCCGCUUGCUUCAGAUGCUACAAACUGAAACAAGUAACAAAGAAGAGCAGAUGGAAGCUCUUCAGAGGAUUCAUAUCUUCCGUUUGUUUGACAUCUACUCUCUACUCGACUGUCUGUACAGUCUUCGCAGUAGCGGGCUUCAGCAGGCGUCUGUCGGCGGUGGCUCUGUCAAGGCUGUGAUCGUGGACUCGGUGUCAGCUGUUAUCUCUCCUCUACUGGGAGGCAAACAAAAUGAAGGCAUGUCCUUGAUGAUACAAGUGGCAAGAGUUCUUAAGACGAUGGCAAAGGACUUCAAUGUUGCUACUUUGGUGACAAACCACGUAACGAGGGGCGGCAGCAGCGGCGGGGAGGUGCAGCCAGGCCUCGGCGUGUCCUGGAGUCACAUCCCCAGAACCAGGAUCCUGCUGGAGCGAAUAGAGAAGGCCGCCGUCAGCCACUCCAGUCUGCGCUCCGCAACACUGAUCAAGUCUUCUAGACAGCCGUGUCACAUCAAAGAAGAGUUUGACUUGCAGUGGUGGAGUCGCUCUGAAGAAGGAUCCUCAGGAAAGAGAAAACUGGACGAGACUGAUUCCUGAUGAGAGCAAACUAUAAUCCUUUGCCUUAAAUGUCUAACCAAAGGGAGGUACGACACGCCUCUUGCGGAUACAUUCCCAGAUCCAGCUGGGUGACACUCUCUGGGCCUCGCUGUCCUCAUCAGGUUCAGCC